AUGUCAACCAUCGGUCGACUUCAAAAGCUACUUAAAUCAGAAGAAUAUUCCGAAUUUAAUGAUGAAAAUGUCAAUUUAGAGUCGCAGUUUAUAGAGAUGACACACAAAGGAGAACCUAUCAAAACCGUCAUUGUUGGAAUCACUGAAAAGUUCUUCAUUGUGGCCAAUGACGUCAUUAGUGAUCUUCGAAAAUCGCGCGCAAGUGUCCUUGUAGCUGAUGUUGAUACUGAUACCGUGGACCUGGAGCUUGAAUGGGUUGUCCCCAUUAUUCACGUGAUUCCCGAGCCCGUGCCUAAUGAGCACGUGCUAGACGUACGUGGACAUAAUGACCAUCAUCGAUACUACAUGGUAGCUAGUACCCGUAGCAACGGCAGCGAAAGCAGAAUCUGGUCAAAGUGGAUGAAACAUCUGGCUAAAAGUAGCCCAACGCCUGAACAGUUUUUACACGAAAUACCCAAAUUUAAGUUGAAGAAUAUAUUCCACAGAGAUAAAACAUCAAGUGGAGAAAUUGUUGUAAAAUCUUCAGUGAUUAGCAACAUAAAAUCAAGAACGUCUUCAUUAAUGAAAUCGUCAAAGAAACAGAAAAAGAACAAAAGUUCUUCUGUCAUUCGUCCUAUAGAUAACAAACUGCCCAGAAUCGCGACAGAUUUGUAUGACACUACUGGGAUCAUAAAGGAGAAAAACAACCUUCUCUGCUGCUGUCCAAGGAAAAAGAAAAGAGUCAAGGACUAAGUUUA